AUGACGUCACGCACCUCCCGUUUCCGACUUUCCGAUCCAUCCCUGUUCGUACAACAAGCCUUCGUCGAUGGCUCGUGGGUGAAAUCAGCGGACGGCAAGACUAUGGACGUUCAAGAUCCAUUCACCGGAAAGUCUUUAGGCACCGUACCGGAUAUGACAGCGGACGAUGUCGCCUCUGCUAUUACCGCUGCUAAAGCGGCUUUACCGACCUGGUCUGCACUGACCGCCUAUCAACGCCAAUCCUAUCUCAACUCCCUCCUCUCCCUCAUGCGUGCCAACGCUGAUGAUCUCGCACUGAUCCUCACGGCGGAAAACGGGAAACCACUGGCAGAAGCCAAAGGCGAAAUAGCAUAUGGAGCCGGAUUCGUAGACUGGUUCGCCGGAGAGGCGGUUCGUACGUACGGCCACAACGUCCCUAGUGCUAUACCGGGAACGAGGAACAACGUCAUCAAGCAACCGAUCGGUGUUUGCGGUCUCAUCACUCCCUGGAAUUUCCCAAAUGCCAUGAUCACGCGCAAACUUGCCCCCGCCCUUGCCGCCGGAUGCACGGUCGUGAUCAAAGCACCAGCAGAGACGCCCUUUUCGGCCCUCGCGAUGUGCGUUCUAUGCGAGAGAGCAGGUAUUCCCAAGGGAGUUGUCAACUGCGUUACUGUCGACAAGGGCGAGAGGGAAGCUGCUUGUGGGCUAGAAUUGUGUGAGAACCCGGAUAUCGCAAAAAUCAGCUUCACCGGAUCCACUCCCGUAGGAAAGCUUCUAAUGAAGCAGAGCAGCUCUACGUUGAAGAAGCUGAGUUUUGAGCUAGGAGGAAAUGCGCCGUUCAUCGUUUUCGACGACGCGGAUCUCGACGUCGCUCUCGCCGGUGUCGUUGCGAGCAAGUUCAGAGCAAGCGGUCAGACCUGCGUUUGCGCUAACCGGAUAUACGUCCAGCGCGGCGUCUACGAGAAAUUUGCAGCCAUGGUAGCUGACAAGGUCUCCACCUUCAACACUGGCGACCCCAUGCUUCCUGGCACGCAGAUCGGACCUCUCGUCAACUCGCGCGGGGUUGAUAAAGUUCAGCGCCACGUGGAAGACGCCGUUUCAAAAGGCGCGAAAGUGCUCGCCGGAGGACGCAAGGGAGAUGGAUGUCUGUUCGAGCCUACGGUGCUUUCUAAUGUUCCUGCCGACGCCGCGAUAUCUACGGAGGAGACCUUCGGACCGCUUGCGGCUCUGUUCAGCUUCGAAACCGAGGCUGAAGUGAUAUCUUCGGCGAACGAUAGCGAGGUCGGACUGGCCGGUUACGUAUUCACCCGGGACGUCUCGAGAGUCCACAGAGUGUCCGAAAAGCUCGCUGUCGGUAUGGUCGCUGUCAACACCGGUAUCAUCAGUCAACCUUGCGUCCCAUUCGGCGGAGUCAAGGGCAGUGGAUUCGGUCGUGAAGGUGGAAAAGGCGGGAUCGACGAGUACACGAUCGAAAAGCUGAUUACUAUCGGCGGUUUAUAA